GACUAGAUAGACAUUUUGCGAAAUUCCGCAUUGGGAGCACCGACUUCUGUGGUCAACGCGAAGAUAUGGCACAUUCGCCCCACUGCCAGAGCGAGACGGCUAGCGGGGCAAUACGGCAUAUUAAAUAAUACUUGGCAGUUCGUGCGCUCUCGCUCUAAUCUCUUGCAGUAAUACACAAGUUAUCUCGGAUGCAGAUAUUGUAGAUAUCACUGAAGCAAUUCUACCAUAAAUGGCAAAAGGAUGUCGUCGAAUGACACUGAAGAUUCCUCUGCCAUUUCGGUUACCACAAAGUGUGAUCAAGGCCUCAUACAAAUGACGUGUGUCGUAGAAGCUCAAGAUCAAAAUAAAAGCCAGCCUGACGGUGUUGCGACCCAGCAUACGAUCGAUCAGGCACCUUAUAGCACUUCAAGUACUAGGUUAGAUUUUACAAACAACAUUGUUAUCGACAAAAACGAUAAUUUUGGAUCGCAACAAACAAAACCUAGAAAGCAUAAACGCAUAAAUAAAACAAACCAUAAUCAGAAAGUGAAAAUGCGUGCUCCUCAACCACCUGGCAUGGUGAAAAAGUUGUCACACAAAGCGUUUAAGGCGCAUUUGAAAAAUUGUAAGCAAGUUAUAAAGGCCGAAUUGGAAAAUCUACACAAUGCAAAGAGUCAAACUGCGCACCGUAAACAACAUUCAACAAAAAGCACCAAGCAGAACUUGAAGAAAAUGAUUGGCAUUGGCAGCAGAGCUGCUCAGUUUGCACUACGGUCGAAGUUUUUCUUGCCAGCUAAACGACCACGAAAAGAAGUCAUGAUACCGCCUACUAAGUUUUUGUUAGGCGGCAACAUUUCAGAUCCCUUGAAUUUAAAUGGUUUGCAAAAUGAAUCGCAAAACCCAACUCCCAACCAAACCCCACAGCAAUCGCCAAUUACAACACCACCUAAAGUUGAAGUUAUCAUUCCACCUAACAUCUACGACCCACUUCAUUUGUUAGAUCCUGUCGAUUCAGCUGAAUAUGAGAAGCAACUUGUAUCCCCAAUGAAACGCAAGCCAAAACCAAAACAUCGUCAUCGUAAAAAGAAGCCAAAGCGUAAAAGUACGAAUGAGGCAACAUCGGACACAAGCUUGACAGAAAAUCCUUUAGUGAUUGCUGUGGGCGGCCCUCCAUGUACAAUAUCGUGUCCCCCACCACCGGAUUUGGCUAAUUCAGAUGUACCCAUCGACGCAACAGGCGAUAAUACGAGAGAACUCGUAAACAGUGCUAUAAGUUUAGAGGGUAAAAAUACAAGCAUUGCAGCAGAAGUUAAUACAAGCGGAGUAGUACAGGAUACUAACGAAAUUAAAAAAGUAGAGGACUCGGAGGGGUCUUUGAGAAAGGAUAGCGUCAGCGACCCGGUUGCCAUUACAGGUGCAUUUGGCGUAGUGCGAAGUACGGAAAAAGAAAAACCACGCGACUUGAAACUCGAUUUAAGUGAUUUAGCGGGUAGUGAUCAACAUUCAAUAAGCAGCGGGAGUGGAAGGAAGAGACGAAUAAGCGAAGGACCUAAUAAAAACAAUAAGUUUCGAAGAGUAGAUGCUAUGGACAAAAUAGUAAGUCCUGUUGUUCCACAACCAGGCGCCUGGAAGCGUCCUCCGCGAACAAUACCAACAGGAGCCAGGAAGGGUUCACGGUUACGUUCAACUUCAGUCAGCGAAAAUGAACUCGUAAGCCCCACUGAUGAUACGAAGACAUUUGAUAGCGAAAGUAUUCGUUGUGAUACCCCGGAAGUUGAGAUACUUAAACCCAUUCCGGAAAAUGAAACAGUUAAAGAUUCGGAGAUGGUUCCUCCGCCUGAACAACACAAACCAAAACAAUCAAACGAAAAGUUGCCGAAGUUCCGAAAGGAUGGUGAUAGGUAUCAAUAUGGAAAUUUUGAUCGAUAUUCGGGUUAUAGGAACAUUAACGAAAUCAUGGAUGUUCGCCUGGAAGUAUUCCAUAGAAACGCACAUCUAUUUCGUGGCAAGGAUAUUCUCGAUAUCGGCUGUAAUGCAGGUCACAUUACAAUAGCAGUUGCCAAAAAUAUGGCACCAAAAUCUAUUCUCGGUUUGGAUAUCGAUAAAAAUUUAAUAGCAAGGGCGAGAAAAAAUCUGUCUAUGUACGUGAGAGUACCGAGAGAUAACCCAAAAAUUAAGAAUGAAAAAUCAGAGAAAAUUGAAGACAAUGGAAAGUCUAACAUGCAAAAUAAAACGAAUGUUGAUGCCACGUCUAGUGUGAGUACAACUUCAGUGGGUCCAUCAAAAGACAAAUCACAACAGGAAAGCUCGAGCAAUAUUCCACAAUCAACAAAUAGGAAUAAGAAUCUCAAUAGAAGGAAGCGAAAUCAACAAAGCAACAAGAAUGAAAAAGGAGAACCUGAAUUCUUUCCUAUUUCAUUUCCAAUCACGUAUGGUCCAAUAAGAGAAAUCGUAGCAAGUACGAGUAAAGACAGCAACUCACCGCCUCAGCCUCAUGUGGCCGUCAACCAGUUUCCUAAGAAUACUUUCUUUCGAUGUGUGAACUAUGUUUUGAAAGAUGAAUCGCUGAUUAAUAGCGAAACCCAACAAUAUGAUGUAAUACUUUGUCUGUCUGUGACGAAAUGGAUUCAUUUGAAUUUUGGUGACGCUGGACUCAAAUUAGCCUUCAAGCGGAUGUUUAAUCAACUGCGUCCUGGUGGAAAAUUAAUAUUGGAGGCACAAAAUUGGGCGAGCUACAGAAAGAAGAAAAACCUCACAGAAACAAUAUACAACAACUACAAAAGCAUUGAAUUUUUCCCCAAUAAAUUCAACGAAUAUCUACUAAGUAGCGAAGUUGGUUUCAGUCAUAGCUAUUGCCUAGGUGCUCCAAGACAUAUGAAUAAAGGUUUCUGCAGGCCGAUCCAGCUUUAUGCAAAAGGCGAUUACACACCAAAUCACAUUAGGUGGAGUGAUAACUAUCAUCCACAGACACCGUAUGAAACAUAUCGUGGUAUAUAUGCAGGAAUGACAAGGCCGCCCUAUCCAGUCUGGGGUCCAUUAGAUACACCACGUGGCAAUUCGGGUUCAUAUAGCUGUCGUCAAACGCCCGUUCAUCCAGGACUCACCACUUCGCAAUAUUAUAAUCCUCUUGAAAGUGAUAGUUAUCUGCCAAGUUAUGAUAAUGAGGUUCAAAAUCGUCAUUAUGUGUUUGCAUCUCCAUUAUAUCAAACCGUCUGGUCGCCACCGCCAAGUUUAAGGAAUCCAUCGAACCGAACUCCUAUAUUUGGUAGUAUAAGAGAAGCGGAUAGCGACGAAUGUGUAGCAAGGCAUGUUUAUCUACCAACGGACUUUGGUGCAUCACCACAAGCUGGUGGAGGGAGUGCAUUUAAUAGCGUCCGAGAGCCAGAUCAUGAGGAUGGAAGCCAACAGGCACAAUCUAGUAAGCAACAUGUGUACGCCAAUUGCGAGGAUCUUUCAUCCUCUUUCGCAGACAACUCAUCGUCACCGCAAAUACAUAAUUCGUCAUCAUCGUCCCGUGCCGCUGCCCUUAGCACACAAAAUUCGGACCAACUAGAUUCGAAUGUAGACACUGAAAAUGACUCAACUGUGAAUGUAGACGUCGAUGACUGUGACAAUUGAUCGAUUCAUUUCCGUGAGUGAGAUUUAGGAGUUGAAGAGCUUGUGAGUUUUGAAAAUAAGUUUCACUUUUGAUUUGGUGAUAAUGCUACCUUUGUGAAUUUAUUUCCAUAAAAUAUGAGAAUUACAUCCUCAUUUUGUAGCUAAAAGACCAAAUGAUUUGCAUAUGUCGCAGGGUAUAAUCCGCACAUUCUUAGGAUCAUCCGCUAAUUUAAUAGCAAGUGUAAUUUUAUUCGGUUUCUCAUCCUGUUUCUCUUUUAAGUGAUCAACCACCUGAGUGGAUUGAAUUGAUUAAAACUUUUAUUUACUAUUCACAGACUUCCUGUUUAUCAAUACCUUUACCAAAAUGUUAAAUGCUGAUAAUUCUUCUAAGAACUGAAAUCAAUCCCAAACACCAUUUAAGUAAAAAUAGAUCACCUAGUUUCUCAGCAUUCAUCAUGAUGGAUGUUCGAGAAGAAUUGCAACUUUAUGUUUCUACUUAUUAAUUUAUUUUGAGGAAAAAAAGAUGUUGAAUUUCUUUUUUUAAAUUUAGUCGUUUAUAAGAAGUUUAUAAUAAUAGUUUAAGCAAAGUGAAACACAUCUGUGAUUUGCGUAAAUUGUCAAAUAAAGCUACUUUAUUAAGAUUAA